AUGGCCAGCUCGUCUCGGGCCGCCAGUGAAGCAACCGAGCAGUUGCGCAACAGUCGCUUCGAGGCGGACGGUCUGUCGAGCGAGCUGGUUCGUCUUCGAGACCAGCUGAGUCGCGUUGAGGCGGCCCGACUGGCGGCGGACCGCGAGGCCGCGAGCCACCGGCUCGACUCCAACCAGCUGCGAGCUCAACUGGACGACGCCGAGAUGGAGUUGGAGCAGCUACGCGAGCAGGUGAACGAGGAGCGCGAGACCGGCCGAGGAAUGCACAACCUCUUGCAUGUGGCCAAGGAGAAGGAACAGCAGGCAGCUCAGGAGGCACAGGUCGGUCCCGCUUUUUUGCUCUUCCCGCCCAGGCAUAAGCGCUUUCAUUUCUACAUCACAAGUCAUCGAGACCAAAUAAUUUCCGAUCUACAACUUUCACGGCCUAGAACGCUUGCAGUGAUCUACGGCCCAAUGGAUGAGUCUUUUAUUCUCACUAUCGCAUGA